AUGAUACACAUAGGCCAUGUCUCAUGUUCCCUUGCAGGAUCCUCUAACUCAGAAGACAAGUAUCUGUCACUGACAACCGACAGGAUGGCCUCUAGCGAAUUAGCAGUAGGAGUGAUCUUCUUAUUACAGACCACAUUCGGAAUCCUGGGGAAUUUCUCCCUUCUUUGCCAUUAUCUUUUCCUUUAUUUCACUGGGCCUAGGCUAAGAUCCACAGAUUUGAUUGUCAAGAACCUGAUUGUAGCCAACUUACUGGUUCUAUUCUCUAGCGGACUCCCCUAUACAUUGUCAUCUUUUGGGUGGUAUCAGGUCUUCAGUGAUUUUGGAUGCAGAUUUUUUUUCUAUGUUCGUGGUGUGGGCAGGGGUGUGUCUAUCGGCACCACCUGCCUCUUGAGUGUCUUCCAGGCCAUCAUGAUCUGCCCCAGAAACUACAGGUGGGCAGAGCUUAAAAUGAAAGCUCUCAAGUGCAUGGUCCCUUCAAUUUUCUUGUGCUGGGUCCUGCACAUGCUGAUAAGCGUUAUGUACGCUAUGUUUGUGAGCAGCAAUUGGAGCAAGAAAAAUAUCACAAACCGAAAAGCAUUUGGAUACUGUUCUGCUGUUCGUCAUGACAAAACCAGAGACUCUUUAUAUGCAGCAUUGCUAUCAGUCCCUGAUGUUUUCAGUUUGGUGCUCAUGAUGUGGGCCAGUGGUUCCAUGGUUUUCAUACUGUACAGGCACAAGCAGAGGGUCCAACACAUUCAUAGGACCAAUGUCUCCUCCAGAUCCUCCCCGGAGUCCAGAGCUACUAAAACCAUCCUUCUCCUGGUGAGCACCUUUGUGUAUUUUUACACCCUUUCUUCCAUCUUUCAUGUAUGUUUGGCUCUCUCUCACAAUCCUAGCUGGCUUCUUUUCAAUAUCAAGUCAAUAAUCACUCUAUGUUUCCCAACUGCCAGCCCUUUUCUGCUUAUGACCCGUGACUCCAGUGUAUCCAGUCUUUGCUUUGCCUGGAUAAGGAAUACAAAAUCUCUUAAUCUUAUGAGAAAUCUAUGA